GCCACCUCCCUACAAAAACCCUAACUCCUACGUUACCCCUCUCGAGAAGCUCAAUCCAAAUUCACUUCAAUUGACGUCGACGAAGCCUCGCACGCCCAAUCGGACCCCGAUACGGCCAACACUUUCAUACCAUUCCUUAUCUUCUUCCGCAACAAAACCAGGAGUUCAAUCAUACCCAUUUGAUUCGAAGACAAGCAAUUGGACAAAAAUAUAUCCUUUGAAGAGAUGGCUCGAUUUAGAAAUAAGAAGAGAAAGGUGUUUGUUAAGCCGGUUGUGAAGAAGAACCAGCCAAGUGUUGAUCACAUAACAGGUGACAAAAUCCCGAAAAGCUUUGUCUUUUCGCGAGGUAAGUUGCCUAGUGCUCUCAGGCAACUGCAGAUGGAUUUGAGAAAGUUGAUGCUUCCCCACACUGCCCUCAAGCUCAAGGAAAAGAAGAGGAAUAAUCUCAGAGACUUCUUGAACGUUGCAGGUCCCAUGGGUGUUACACAUUUCCUCAUAUUAUCAAAAACUGAAAGUGCACCAUACUUGAGGGUUGCCAGGACCCCACAAGGCCCAACCCUUACAUUUAAAAUACAUGAGUACUCAUUGGCUGUUGAUAUUGCUCAGUCUCAGUUGCGUCCUAGAUGUCCUCAAGAUCUUUUCAAAAAUUCACCAUUGAUUGUCCUUUCUGGUUUUGGCACGGGGGAGCAACAUCUAAAACUCACAACUAUUAUGUUUCAGAACAUUUUCCCAGCGAUUGAUAUUAACACGGUCAAACUUCCUUCGUGCCAGAGAAUCGUUUUGCUUAAUUAUAACAAGGAGACAAAGCUUAUUGAUUUUCGACAUUAUUCCAUCAGAUUACAGCCCGUUGGUGUCUCACGCAGAAUCAGGAAAUUUGUGCAGAACCAUCAAGUGCCUGAUUUAAGAAGUCUUCAGGAUGUGAGCGACUUUGUCACGAAGGCUGGUUAUGGAUCAGAAAGUGAAGUAGAUGAUGAAGCGGCAACUGUAACUCUAGAAAGUGAUCUUGGUCGAGUUAACAGAGCCUCAACAAAAAGUGCUGUCAAGCUUCAAGAGGUUGGACCCAGGAUGACUCUUCAACUCAUCAAAAUCGAGGAAGGAUUGUGUGCUGGUGGAGUCAUAUUUAGUGAGUAUGUUUUCCUUUCAGGAAAUAGUGGUGAGAAGAAAAAAACGGAAUUUCAGGAAGAGGAAGAGGAAGUUCAGGAAGAGGAAGAGGAAGAGGAAGAGGAAGAUAUGGAGGAAGACUAGCUCUUAUCUAACUUGCAAAACGAAGAAGAAGACUGUACUUUUGCCACUGAAAAACACACUUGUAUGAUGUGUUUUUAAUCAUUUGGUUCGUCCACAGCUCCUUGUUUCGGGGACAGCUCUACAGGAAUUAAUAGUGCCCAUCGGAUGAGAUUAUAGUUUUGUUAUCCAAAAAUUUUCAGGCAUAAUAUGCUUCCUAUUUUUUUUUUUUGUUGGAAAAUGAGAUGUAGAUUUUUCAGAUAUAGAAAAUGAGAUGUAGAUUUAUCUCAGGGAUUAGCAAGCAAACUAGCCUUUUCUUGGAAGAUUGGCUGAUACCAUUUGAAAGGACAUCAUGAUCUAAUUAUAUUGUUAAAAAAAUUGGCAUUUUUACUGGUGA